UCACACAUUAUGCAUAGGAAUAUUUGUGCUUGCCUCUGUUUUGUCCCUGAGCCAAGAGUUAAAUAUAAGAAAAUGUAUUAGACAUCUCUCAUUAUCCGAUUUAUUACAUUUAUUUUCAUCUUUCAAUGUAUUUGCAUAAAUAGUGUGUAAAUAUCUUGGCAGUCUUUCUACUGUGCCAAAUUCAAGUAACAUGCCAUGAAACUUCGAUCAAGAACUAAUUUGUCAUUUGCUUAUAUCAAUAAAAUUGGCAUCUAUACAGCGUUUUGUAGGUUUGAAGUGGAGCAAUAGGCUAGUAUCCUCCAACGAUCAAAAUAUGCGGCGAAAGGCAGGAGUAGGUGCGAUUCACAAACAAAAACUUGAACAAGAAAAAUACAAAGAUAAGGGGACGGAAAUUCAGGAAAACCAGUUGGAACAGAUGACUAAGCAGCUGGAAGUCUUCAGAGUAAACCUAGAAGAGUUUGCUUCAAAGCAUAAAAAUGAAAUAAAAAAGAAUCCCCAGUUCCGACGUCAGUUCACGGAGAUGUGUGCUUCCAUCGGAGUUGAUCCUUUAGCAUCUGGGAAGGGAUUUUGGUCUGUUCUUGGAAUUGGCGACUUUUAUUACGAAAUUGCUGUGCAAAUUGUUGAGGUAUGCCUAGCAACGAACUAUAAAAACGGGGGUUUGAUUUUACUGGACGAGUUGCGAGAGAGAUUGGUCCAGGCCAGAGGAAGGCGCAAAGAGCACCAAGAAAUAUCUAAUGAAGAUUUGCUCGCAGCUGCAAAGAAACUCAGAAUAUUUGGAAAUGGAUUUUCGAUAGUUCCGAUUGGCAGAGGAAAAUACUUGGUUCAAUCAAUCCCAGGAGAACUGAGCAUGGAUCAUACCGCUGUUCUCCAACAAGCUUCAAUAUCGGGAAACGCUCACGUCUCCCGGUCGCUAUUGGAAAAAGAAUUACGAUGGGAACGACAGAGGGCACAGAAGGCUUUAGAUCAUAUGGUGAAAGAGGGACUCGCAUGGUUUGAUCACCAGGGUGCGUCUGAGCCUCUUUACUGGUUUCCCAGUUUAUUUAAUGCUUGUAUUCAAUCCUCAACGUAGUUCGAAGUCUCUGAUUUCUCAAUAUUUUCUCGUAAACUUAGGGCUUGUUUUUAUCACACUGUAAAUCAACACGCACGGUCAUUCGUGAUGACUUGUAUGUGGAAUGUAAAUAGAGAACUUUGCAACUGACGUAUGAAAUGUAACACUCCGUUCAGUUACGAGAGUUGAGAAGCGCCGUGAAACGCGUAAACAAUGUUGAGGUCAAGGCUAGGUGAAAAUGAGUAUCGCUUUGGAAAAAGUACUGGAAUGUGUAUUGAAAAUAAAUUAGAUUUUGUAUCAUUGAAUUAUAUACAUCUACUAAUGGCCACAUUGUGUUAAGUACCAAAAUACUUGAAAGUCGUCACCUCGGUGUAUCGCCUUGAUCAUACCUGUAAUUAAAAGUAAUACAACAGCUUAAAUUCAA